GCAGUCAACCCGUGUGCGCGCGCAGACGAGGACUUGCACAGAAAGACUUUAGCACUUCAAAAACAACCCGAAGUCCAUGGCUGUCCCCGCACAGCGCAGAUGCGUGUGGAUGUUGCUUGUGGCGUGCGUGUCGCUGGUGGUUGGAACGGACUGCGGGAAAGAGUGCGCUCUCUGCGUGUACCGCCUGCUGGGACAACACUCCGCUUUCCCUUCACCGACAUGCUCACUUGAGUGCGAUGGUGAGUUGGACAGUCAGAAGCUCCGCCUUUGCUGGGACAUCCUACUGCAGGAAGAAAACAACGUUCCUCUUGGUGGGGACCUCCGACCACAAGAAGCAGAGGCAACUGGCAUCAUUCCUACGCAUGACGAGGAAGAAACACCACCAGGACACCAACUGGCCAAGAAGUACGGUGGCUUCAUGAAACGCUACGGUGGCUUCAUGUCUCAGCGUUCGCCUUCGGAAGGGUUAUUCGGUGAUCCCGCACAUCAUGACGAGGAAGAAAACGCUCGCCUGGACAUCCUAAAGAUUCUGAACGCAGUGCAUGGUGGGGAGGGGGGCGGCGAAGAAGGCGAGGCUGUGAAGCGGUACGGAGGCUUUAUGAGGCGCGCUGAUGACGGGGAGGUUCAGGGCGACCUGCUGGAGGCGGUGUUAGGCCGUGGGCUGAGAAAGCGAUACGGAGGGUUCAUGAGGCGUGUAGGCAGGCCUGAGUGGCUGGUGGACAGCAACAAGAACGGGGGAGUUUCAAAGCGUGCAUGGGAAAAUGGCGAGCUCCAGAAAAGGUAUGGGGGCUUCAUGGAUUAGGAGCUGAUACACUUCAUUCUUUUCUAUUCAACCAAUAACCUUCAUCCAGCUUUGUAUAAAGUGCCGCUGCCGACGUCAUUGCUUCAGUGUGUCCUGUGAUAACAAAUAUAUGCAUACUAUCAAACGCAUUUGUUUUGAUAUUAUUUAUUAAAAUAUUGUGUUGAUUGAU